AUGAAUGUAUGGAACUGUUUUGAGGAGCAGCUGCGUGUUACCCGAGUGUCGGUGUCCUGCUUGCCGCGGUGCGAUGCUGGAAGCAGCAGCAUCCCGUUCCAGCAGAGAAUGGAUUCCGGCCGGGGGGGCACCAAAUGCUGCGGUUACUGUGACACCCCCGAUCCUCUCCGAAGGCGGGCUGAGCUUCAUCCUUCCCGUGCUCCCAGGGGCAGAAGGCACCCUUACCCCUCCGCCGUGAGUUCCCGGGGGGGGAGGGCAGCAGGCAACCGGCUGUUCAGUAGCCUGUGGAACCUGGCUGAGGUGGAAGAAACGCUGAAGCGAAUUCAGAGCCAAAAAGGAGUGCAAGGAAUCAUUGUUGUUAAUUCUGAAGGUAUUCCUAUCAAAAGUACUAUGGACAACUCCGCAACGAUUCAGUAUGCGGGCCUCAUGCACAGCUUCAUCAUGAAGGCAAGGAGCACUGUGCGAGACAUUGAUCCCCAGAAUGACCUCACGUUCCUGCGGAUCCGCUCCAAGAAAAACGAAAUCAUGGUUGCACCAGAUAAAGACUACUUCCUGAUUGUCAUCCAGAAUCCAACUGAAUGAUUACGCUGACUUGGUCUGUUUUUUUCCCUUUGCCCAACUGUUUUUUUUUUUUUAUUUAAUGGUAAAGAAUAGAGCAUUAGUGUUAACUCUGCUGUGCCACUUCAAUAAUGUCUGGAAAAACAAAAGCAGGUGUUUUUGUUGUUUACAAACAGAAAAAGUGGCUUUUUCUUUUGUAUCACAAGUCGUUUUGAGGAGCAGUUGGUGAAUUAGCAUCAGGCAGUAAAAAUGCAAGAGAUUCUUUUAAUAGUUAAGAAGAUAAUAUAAUAAAAUUCUAAUAAUGUUCUAAAAAAGAUUAUUCUUUGUAUGUUUCCAUGCUUCUGUCACCACUAUUUAAGAUGCUUUUACACUAUUACUUUUGAAUGACUGUAAAUAUGAAACUUGCCUAUCCUCUAGUUCUGUCUUACUCUGUUGGUUUUACAAGUUACUUUGAAAAAGUCUGGCCAUAUCAAAUUAAAAAGUGUCAUCACUGAC